UGGACGUGAAAACACAUGCCGACAGGAUGCGGAAAUACGUCACGGAGGACCUGCUCGAUUCUCGGGGCUGAAGAUGCGCAGAGGAGAAAUGUUCACACUGAGCAUAUUUCUGGUAUUGUAGGUGCAGGAGGGGCGUGGCUACCGAUACCACCGACUACCGAGGUUACCGAGCGGUCCGAGCGGAAAAAUCGAAGUAUCGAAGAUGUAAACAAAGAAUUUGGCAAGACAUCGUUCAGCCGAGGGAAAAUACUAGGAAAAUCGAAAAUUUCUGAUAGAACGGCGACCAUUUUUAAAGCAAUUGACCAUAGCCGAUCGAUGCGGGCAGUGGCUCUGUCAGUAUGGCUAUUCAUGAACCUGGUUUUCCUGGGCAUGUGUGGGUACAUGUACCUGUUGUGGAGACAGUACUGGCUGCACUCGGAACGCCAGCAAACCAAUCACGUUGCCAUUCCCACACCACCAGCCUACCCUUAUGACAUACAGUACCUGGACUUGGUGGUGCAGCAUGGACAGGAGGACUCUGCGGAGGAAACCAGGUCAAAACACACUAACAGGAGCUCGGUGCAGCGAGCUAAAAAGAUGCCAAGACUGCGGUCAAAAACCAACGUGCUUGAUUCAAAAUGCAGGCCAGAAAUAGAAGAUUGUGAAGGCUCAGCACAUUCUAACGUCAAGAAGGUUUUGUCCAGUGUGAUAGCACAUAAAACGCAGUUGGUGGUGGAAAUGAGACGGGUCUUGCUGGACGAAGGCAGCAUUUUUGCCAAGGACAAAAACGUCUACGGAGUGAAAUACACAGGCACUAAAGGCACAAUGAAAAAAACACCGCCUAGAGAAAUUGUGUGCAGUUUAAAAAAGUCGGCCAACCUGAGAAUGCUCAAGAGGAAAGAUGAGCCAUUCCAGACGUUGGGAAUGGACGACCUUUUCCCUGCCAAGCCAAUCUUCAGUAAGCAGAGGGAACAGAAACAACCAUUCCGUUCAUGCGCUGUCAUAGCUAGUGCUGCGUCGCUGCUAGAUUCUCAGCUUGGAAAUUUCAUUGAUUCCCAUGAUGCUGUGGUCCGAUUUAAUCAUGCUCCAACAGACGGAUAUGAAAGCGACGUAGGUUCCAAAACGACCAUAAGAAUUGUCAACUCUCAAGUGAUCUCUAAACCAGAAUUCAAUUUCCUGAAUAAUCCAAUUUAUGAUAAUAUCACAAUGGUGGCUUGGGACCCAUGUAAUUACACCAGCUCUUUAAUUCAGUGGUACGAACGCCCGGAUUUUGACCUUUUCACAAAUUAUUGGAACCGCCGACAGAAACGGCCCAAUGAUGACUUUUACAUGCUGGACCCGAGAUCAGCGUGGCCUGUUUGGAAUUUCAUUCAGGGCAAUACACCAGCACGGCUGCGUCGCAAUCCACCCAGCUCUGGAUUUCUAGGCCUGGUUCUCAUGCUUCCAUUGUGCAAUCACGUCGACAUGAUCGAGUACAUGCCGUCAGUCAGAGAAACAAAACGGUGCCACUACUAUGACACAUUUGAGGACAGAGGGUGCACUUUCGGUGCAUGGCAUCCUUUGGCUGCUGAAAAGUUGCUUGCACUUUCCAUGAGCUCCAGCGAUGACAAUGAGAUUUUUGGAAGGGGUAUUUUAAGAAUUCAGGGCUACCCCUCUUUGAAUUGCUGAUCUUGCUCCUUGCUUAAUGACAAUUUACUAUUUUUCAUGACUUUACUAGCUCAUUUUUUAGCAUUCCAAUUGAAAUUUUAGUAUAAUAUAAUUAUAGUUCAGGUGAUAAAUAAUUAAUGCUUCUAUUGGCUAUUAUAGCAAAUAUUUCUAGUUAAAAAUGAUCCCCAAAUUUAGCCACCCAGGUUGCCUAUUGGCCUUGGCUGAUUAAAUCCAUCUCUUACUUAGUCAUUGAUAUACAGAUGAAUUUUCCUUUUUAAGAUGAAGUGAUUAUUGUCACCCAUCUUUAGUUAUGGAACCAAUAGAAUCUCUUUAAAAAUAAGGAAAGUGCAUUUUGCACCAGCAAUUGUUUGAAUUUUAUGUAAGUGGAUGAAAUGAAAUAAAAUGUUACAC